GAAAGAGCUACAACAGCCCAGGCGAGGCCAGGCAGGAGCCAGGAGCUGGGAACUCCAGCUGGAACAGAAGUAGAGCAGCCAGGACUCCAGUAUGAGACGCAGGUGUCCCAAGCUGCACUGGAGUGUUGACUGUCGGGAUGCUGUCGGGUCUGGAGCAGUUCCCCUAGAUCUCCCUGCAGAGCACCGUGCAUCCCCGGACUGUGUGCAGGGACUGCAGCACCCUGGUUCUGCUGCAUGGAGUGACUGUCAGCAGCCUGCAGCCAAGCUGCCAGACGGGACUCAGGAGAGCCGAGGCUCUGAGCUCCUGUUCUUUGGUGCCAGGGCCUUUGGCCAGAACCAGAUGAGCCCUGACACUUCCGCCUCACGGGACAAUGCGGGGGUGGAGAUGUGGUAUGUGAAAAGCCUCCUUGGGGACCUUAGCCUGUAGGCUAGUCCACGCUCCCUACAGACUGGGGCACGCCCCCUCCCCGUUUCCCUACAGAUUCAGAUCUGAGUGGAUGACCCAGUGGAAACGCGAAUGCCCAGUGCUGGUGGGCGUGGAAGGCGGAAGUCUACCUGAGUUCGGUCUCUGGAGAGGAAAGGGGGUUUGUAGGGCUUUCGGUGUGCCGGCGGAGAGAGCAAUCUGGGCAGUCUUCCCAGAAGAGGAGGCGUUUGCGCGAGCCUUGCCGGCGAAGGCGGCGGCGCCGCGCUCUUGGAGGAAAAGGGGUAUCCCACGCAGUAGGCUUGAAGCCGGCACCGCGCUGGAUCCCGGAGCCGGGGGGACCGGGGUGGGGGGCAGUCCCACUGGGCGGGCGCGUGUCCGCGCGCUCCCGCGCCCCGGGGCCGGCGGCUCAUUUGCAUGGAGAGCCUCGGCGGCCAAUGGGCGCGCGCGGCUGGGCAUGCCGGGAGCCGGGCUGGGCCGCGGCGGCGGGCGGAGCGAGGUGCGACCGGCGCUGGGCGGCUGAGGCGGGACGGGGGCCGGGGCCGGAGCGGGGGUGGCUGUGGCGCGCUCGAAGCCCGGAGAGCGCGCUGCCCCGGCGGUCGGCGUGCGCCCCCGCGGAGAGCCGGGCCCCCGGCCAGCGGGGCACCAUGAACUACCUGAACGUGCUGGCCAAAGCCCUCUACGACAAUGUGGCUGAGUCCCCGGAUGAGCUCUCCUUCCGCAAGGGUGACAUCAUGACGGUGCUGGAGCGGGACACGCAGGGUCUGGAUGGCUGGUGGCUCUGCUCGCUGCACGGGCGCCAAGGCAUCGUGCCUGGGAACCGCCUCAAGAUCCUGGUGGGCAUGUACGACAAGAAACCAGCCGGGCCUGGGCCUGGCCCUCCUGCCACCCCACCCCAGCCCCAGCCCCAGCCCGGCCUCCCGCAGGGCGUCCACACCACAGUGCCCCCAACCUCCCAGUACACCCCCAUGCUCCCUGCCACGUACCAGCCUCAGCCCGACAGUGUCUACCUGGUGCCCACUCCCAGCAAGGCUCAGCAAAGCCUCUACCAAGCCCCUGGGCCUAGCCCACAGUUCCAGUCACCCCCAGCCAAGCAGACGUCCGCCUUCUCAAAGCAGGCAUCCCAUCACCCGUUUCCCAGCCCAGCCGCAGACCUCUACCAGGUGCCGCCAGGGCCAGGAAGUCCCGCUCAGGACAUUUACCAGGUGCCACCUUCCGCUGGGACGGGCCAUGACAUCUACCAGGUCCCCCCAUCCAUGGACUCCCGCCCCUGGGAGGGGACGAAGCCACCGGCAAAGGUGGUGGUGCCCACCCGAGCCGGGCAGGGCUACGUGUACGAGGCCUCACAGCCGGAGCAGGACGAGUACGACAUCCCGCGCCACCUGCUGGCCCCUGGGCCCCAGGACAUCUACGAUGUGCCUCCUGUUCGGGGGCUGCUUCCCAACCAGUAUGGCCAGGAGGUAUAUGACACCCCUCCUAUGGCCGUCAAGGGUCCGAACGGCCGAGACCCGUUGCUGGACGUGUACGAUGUGCCUCCCAGUGUGGAGAAGGGCCUGCCACCUUCCAGCCACCACGCGGUGUACGACGUUCCUCCCUCGGUGAGUAAGGAUGUGCCUGCCGGCCCGCUGCUCCGCGAGGAGACCUACGAUGUGCCCCCUGCCUUUGCCAAGGCCAAGCCCUUUGACCCAGCCCGCCAUCCACUGGUCCUUGCCGCGCCGCCUCCGGACUCCCCACCCCCCGAGGACGUGUAUGACGUGCCGCCCCCAGCUCCUGACCUCUACGAUGUGCCCCCUGGCUUGCGGCGGCCGGGCCCUGGGACGCUGUACGACCUGCCCCGCGAGCGGGCACCUCCCGAGGUGGCCGACAGCAGCGUGGCUGACGACGGGGUGUACGCCGUUCCCCCCCCAGCUGAGCGAGACGCCCCGGCGGAUGCCAAGCGCCUGUCGGCCUCCAGCACGGGCAGCACACGCAGCAGCCAGUCGGCUUCCUCCCUGGAGGCAGCGGUGCCAGGCCGGGAACCCCUGGAGCUAGAAGUUGCCGUGGAGGCCCUGGCUCGGCUGCAGCACGGUGUGAGCGCCACCGUGGGCCACCUUCUGGACCUAGCGGGCAGUGCUGUCGGGGCUGGGGGCUGGCGCAGCACCCCGGAGCCCCAGGAGCCGCCAGUGCAGGACCUGCGGGCUGCGGUGGCCGCCGUCCAGGGGGCUGUGCAUGAGCUGCUGGAGUUUGCCCGCAGCGCUGUGGGCAACGCCGCCCACACCUCUGACCGCACCCUGCAUGCCAAGCUCAGCCGGCAACUGCAAAAGAUGGAGGAUGUGUACCAGACGCUGGUGGCACACGGUCAGGCCCUCGACAGCAGCCGGGGAGGCCUGGGCGCCACCCCCGAAGACCUGGACCGUCUAGUGGCCUGCUCCCGGGCUGUGCCCGAGGAUGCUAAGCAGCUGGCUUCCUUCUUACAUGGCAACGCCUCAUUGCUCUUCAGACGGACCAAGGCCCCCGCCCCAGGGCCCGAUGGGGGUGGCCCCCUGCACCCCAACCACACUGACAAGGCCAGCAGCAUUCAGUCGCGGCCCCUGCCCUCCCCGCCCAAGUUCACUUCCCAGGACUCACCAGAUGGGCAGUACGAGAACAGCGAGGGGGGCUGGAUGGAGGAUUAUGACUACGUUCACCUGCAGGGCAAGGAGGAGUUUGAGAAGACACAGAAGGAGCUUCUGGAAAGGGGCAGCAUCGUGCGGCAGGGCAAGGGCCAGCUGGAGCCCCAGCAGCUGAAGCAGUUUGAGCGACUGGAGCAGGAGGUGUCGCGGCCCAUCGACCACGACCUGAGCAGCUGGACGCCGGCGCAGCCCCUGGCGCCAGGGCGCACGGGCGGCCUCGGGCCCUCAGACCGACAGCUGCUGCUCUUCUACCUGGAGCAGUGCGAGGCCAACCUGACCACUCUGACCAACGCCGUGGACGCGUUCUUCACUGCCGUGGCCACCAACCAGCCACCCAAGAUCUUCGUGGCCCACAGCAAGUUCGUCAUCCUCAGCGCCCACAAGCUGGUGUUCAUAGGGGACACGCUGUCACGGCAGGCCAAGGCCGCCGACGUGCGCAGCCAGGUGACCCACUACAGCAACCUGCUCUGCGACCUCCUGCGCGGCAUCGUGGCCACCACGAAGGCUGCCGCCCUGCAGUACCCGUCCCCCUCCGCUGCCCAGGACAUGGUAGACAGGGUCAAGGAGCUGGGCCACAGCACGCAGCAGUUCCGCCGGGUCCUGGGCCAGCUGGCGGCUGCCUGAGACCAGUGGGGGGCGGGGGCGGGGCAGCGGGCUGGGGCACGCGGCAGGCAUGGGGACAGGCCUCCCCACUCUGCCUCGGUCCAGCAGCCCCGACUGUCCAGGGCGUGUUCGUAUUUAUGACAGGGCAGGCCGUGGACGGCACUGCCUCAGGACUGGAGCCCAGGGCAGCUGGGGGGCCACCCCGAGGCUGGAUCCCACUGCGUGCGGGGACCCUGCCCCGACAGGGCUGGUGCAGCCUUGCCGGGCUCUCCACACCAGGGGAAGACCCUAAGCAACUAUUUUUCGUUAUUGAUUUUCCAAUCAUUUGACUAAUAAUCUACAUUUAAAUAAAAAUGUAAAAAUGAAAAGCA